ACAAAUAAUAGUUGAAUAAAUGCUUAAUAAUGAAACCACAGGUGAGGGCUGAUAGCUGUUUGAGUGCUAUAUUCCGUCGUUUUUCCAUAAAAUAUUAAAUAUAUAUUUCUUUCACUUAUUUUUAUUUAUUUUUAAUUCAUUGCAUGAAAAAGCAUUAAAAUAUCUCUUUUGCAUGUUUUUAUAAAUUACUAUAAAUCCGUUUUUUCUUUAUUUAUUUCAAUUUAAUUAACUAUUUUUACAUCUCUUUUAUAGGAUUUAAAAGUACACCAAAAGUCAAAAUCACUGAUAAAGUCAUGGAUUCGCUAGUGUUAUUAGCCAAACAUGCCUUCAUUGGAUCGGAUGUCAUCGAUCUUAAGGAUCAUUUUGACCAAUUGUGUGGCCAGACUUAUCUGCUGCUUCUUACUCGUCAACGUCUCGAUCACGUGCUGUACUUUCAUUUCAAAUUAUUUCAUCAAUUCAUUCAACAAACCAGAGGUUCCUUUGUUGAGACAAUCGAUUCCAAGCCAUGGGUUCUUUUCCUUGAUUUGUCUCGACUUGAUUUCGGUGACGGUUUCGAUGGACGCGAGUCCGCUAUUCUCUGCCAAAGCCAUGGGAAUGGACUCGAGAGCGUCGGCGAACGCGCGGUAGGCGUACUGUUC